CCGCGCAUAUUUCGCAUCCUUGGAGAGACCCGGCGGCGCAUUUUACGCACUCAGCGCGCCCGACUCUCCGUCAAACCAAAACCGAGUGGAGGCUCGCGAGUUGCAGAGGGAGCUUCCGCAUGCGUCGGAUGCCCCCGUGUGCGCCAAAGUGUGGGAAUUUAGCCAUAAAGGGGCAAAGAAACCGAGGCUUCCUCGCACCUGCCCUGGGAUUUUUAGAAACGUUUCUCUUUUCUAUGGUUUGCCAGCCAAUUUUUGUGGAAUAUUUCGGAUCUUAAGCAAUUUGGGGCUACCCUUGUGCACUGACUUGUGCACUGACCACAAACCGAACAUUAGCUGCCAGGAUGGAACGCAGCAGUUGGAGUGGCAGUGAGAGUCCCGGGGACGACAUAGACAGACUGAGUGACUCCGGUGGGGACAAGACAAUGGACGGAGACCCUGAGGGAGUGUGGAGCCCUGACAUUGAGCAAAGCUUCCAAGAAGCCCUUGCCAUUUACCCGCCAUGCGGAAGAAGGAAGAUUAUACUGUCAGACGAAGGAAAGAUGUAUGGUCGAAAUGAGCUCAUAGCCAGAUACAUCAAACUGCGCACAGGAAAAACGCGGACAAGGAAACAGGUUUCCAGUCAUAUCCAGGUCUUAGCCAGAAGAAAAUCAAGGGAGUUCCAGUCCAAGAUAAAGGAUCAUAAUGCCAAGGAGAAAGCGCUCCAGAGCAUCUCGUCCAUGUCCUCUUCUCAAAUCGUCUCAGCCACUGCCAUACACAGCAAGCUGCUGCCGGGAAUAGUGCGGGCCAACUUUGCCGGCAACACACAGCUGUGGCAGGGGAUGAUCCCUGGAGGACAGUCCAGUUCUGCCUCAGAAGACAUCAAGCCGUUCUCGCAGCAAGCCUACUCGGUGCAGACAGCAGGGACCACCACAAUCACAGGUUAUGAACGUCCUGCAGCGGAGUCGCACAGAGAGCCAGCGUGGCAGGGUCGUUCAAUUGGCACCACUAAACUGAGACUGGUGGAGUUCUCCUCGUUCCUGGAAACCCAACGAGAGCAAGAAGCUUACAACAAGCACCUGUUUGUGCACAUCAAUCAGAGCAAUCCGAGCUACAGCGACCCCCUGCUGGAGUGUGUGGACAUCAGGCAGAUCUACGACAAGUUCCCAGAGAAGAAGGGAGGCCUUAAGGAGCUGUUUGCCAAGGGCCCUCAAAACGCUUUCUAUCUCAUCAAGUUUUGGGCGGACCUAAAUUACAAUGUACAAGAAGACCCGGCGGCCUUCUAUGGGGUCACUAGUCAGUAUGAGAGCUCAGAGAACAUGACUAUAACCUGUUCCACCAAGGUCUGCUCUUUUGGCAAGCAGGUUGUCGAGAAGGUGGAGACGGAGUACGCCAGGUUUGAAAACGGUCGUUUUGUCUACAGAAUCAGUCGCUCUCCAAUGUGCGAAUACAUGAUCAACUUCAUCCACAAGCUCAAACACCUGCCGGAAAAAUACAUGAUGAACAGUGUACUGGAGAACUUCACUAUUCUGCUGGUCGUGAGCAACAGAGAUACUCAGGAGACCUUGCUGUGCAUGGCCUGUGUGUUUGAGGUGUCAAACAAUGAGCAUGGAGCACAGCACCACAUCUAUCGUCUUAUCAAGGAAUAAUACUCACUUCCCUUCACACACACACAUAUAUGUACACACGCGCACACAUAUGGCCUUUUAAUGGUAUGCGAAUUUGACGUUUGAGGUGAAAUGACUGAAAAUGAAAUCUACAAAGUAUCUUUGAACCAGACAAAUCCACACUGGAAAGGAAAAAUAGCUGCACCAUGACAACUAUCGUCAGACGAGUUUCAAUUCACACCAGCUAGGUCAGAUCAGAUGAGACCUGGGAGAGUUUUCUUCAUCUAUAGAUAUAAAAUCUGAUCUCACCAGAUGAUGUCACGUCUCCUUUAGCCUCCUCGCCAUUUACUCCCCGCUUAAUUUCUAAUUUGUGUUGCUUGCCGACUUGAAAACAAAACAAAAUCAAAUAUUCCUCACUUCCUGAGACUGUGCGUGUGUGCGUGCAUGUUUGUGUGUGUGUGUUAAAGGUCAGACCCUGUGUAUCAUCAAUAACCAUACAAGUUCAUGUUGAAGGAAAUAACACUACAACAUUGUCAUAAAGUAUAGUACAGAGGCGGUUUUGUGCAGAUAGCGAUGCUAAAUUGUGUGAGCAGCAGCCUUGCACAAAAAAAUGGUUUGCCCCAAAGGAAAUAAUCACAUUUUCUACCAUUUUGUAUGUUUUCUUCAAGAAAAAAAAAGAAUAACCUAUAUAGUAAUUAUUCCAGGAACGCUAUCUAAAAUGGAUGUUAAUAUGAAAUUAUAAGCAAAACUAAACAAUUCAGGUACAUUUUAUUUGUGCAACAGCGUUGAUUUAGUUGUACUGACUAUGUGAAGUAUCAACUAUUGGAAAGCACUGUGAAUUUUAUCAACUAUAUAACACAGUUGCUCAUGAUGUACAAGAUGGGAGAAAAUUUCAGAAUGUAAAAAAACAAACAAAAACAAACAAAAAAAACCCCCGUUGACGUCCCUACAAAUAAAGGUUGUUCAGAGGACUUACACCAGCUUAUUUGAGCUUUAACACAUGUGGACCAACUUAUUGUGUUCAAGAAGAGACUUAAUAUCUGCUAUUGUUGUUGUUAUUACAGCACAUGUGCCUGUUUUUUUGGUUUUUUUAAUUUAUUAUUAUUAUUAUUUUUUUUAAACGCUUGUUGACUAGGGCACAUUGAACACCUAAAGGCAGUAUCUUCUUUCCUGUUAGUUUACUCACUAUAGAUGAAGGAAUGCAUUUAUGAAACAGAAACCAAAAGCUGUACACUGUAGCAGGUGAUGUUUGCUGAUUGGUCCAUGUCAUGCUGAACGGCAUGAAGUGCCUUUUGUCUGGAAACUAAAGUGUCUUCUCUUUGUCACUAAAUUCACACACACACACACACACACUUUUUUUUUUUUUUUUCAGUAUUCGACAGUUGUUUAAUCAA